AUGGCUUCUGUAAUAGUUGUUGACAAUGAUUUGAAAGACUCAAUCAAGGAAUAUACACAAAUUAUUGAUGGGGUUAACGGAAACGCAGAAUUCACACAACAAAUUGAAUCAUUAUUACCAAAACAAGAAGAUCAAGAAAUCACCAAUAAAUCAGAAUUAUAUAAUAAAAUCAAUGAAAACUCAACAGUUGAUACUUUAAAAAAGCUCACUGAUAGAGAAUUUGAACCAACUAUCUAUUUAUUAAUCCAUAUACUUUCACAAUUAUCAAGCAUAGAUCAAGUAUUAAAUUCAACAUCAUCAUCAAUUUAUAAAUUAAUUUUAUCAAUAAACCCACAACAACCAUUAAGUUUAAGAGAUAGAAAAUCCAUCAAGUCAUCAUCUAUAUUAUCCAUAUUAAGUACAAUUUUCAAUUUAAUACCCAAAUCAUCCAAAACUAGAAUUUUUUUAAUUCAAAAUAUUUUAAAUAUUUUAAAAACUUCAGAAAUUAAUUUUAAUUCAAUUGAAGAUAAUAUUGCUUUAAAUUUAGUAAGUUGGUUGAAAGAAAGUGGAGCUUCUGAAGAAGAAAUUAAAGAAACAUUUUGGAAUUUUAUACUUUUGGAUUCUGGAUAUACUUUAAAAUCAUUAGAAUUAAUCAAAAAUUUCACAAACAAUUUUAAAUUAUCAGAAAUUGAAUUGUUCAAUUUAAUUAAAUUUGCGUUAUCUUCAAAAGUUGUUGAUGUUUCAUUUUUAGUAAAUAAUAAUGUUGCUUCAGCUUUGAAAAAUUCAAAUAAUGAAUUAUCUAAAAUUUUCUACAGAUAUGUUAAAGGAGAUAUUAUACAAGCCAAUGAAAUUUCAGAGUCUUCAUUAGAUUCAAAUUUUAUUCAUCAAAAAUCAAAAAUAUUAAAUUUAGCUAAAUUUUUUGCAGAAAAAUCCUUAUCACCAGAACAUGACGAUAUUGUUUUCAAAUAUAAUGAAAUUUCAAACGUAAAUGCAUCAGAAUUAGAAGAAUUAUUAGUUGAAUCAAUAAAAGCUGGAGUAGUUGAAGGUAAAAUCAAUCAAAUUGAUGAAACUUUUAAUUUAAGUAGAGUUAACAGAUUUAUUAUUGCUGGUGAUGAUGAAGCAAAUGAAGAAAAUUGGGAAUUAAUUAAAAAUGUAUUACAACAAUGGUCCAAUUCUAUCUCAAAUAUUGAUGAAAUUGUUCAAUCUACUAGAGAAAAUCUUGUUAAUAAUGCAUCAAAUUAA